AAAAUGACCACAAAAAGACACAAAACCAUAGAGAGAUGUGUAAUGAAUACAAAGAGAUGGGAAACAACAAAAAAGAGGCAAACGCAUCACAAAGUCUGGCUCUUGGUAAAGAUGUUAGGACUUUUUGCAUGUCUGUGUACAGGGGCAUAAUCCGUCCAUGCCUUCAUGUCAACACUCCACUUAGUGUUACUAUUGAUCACGAUCAUUCUCAGACAUUUCUGAAACAAGAGUUAACAACUGUAAUGUGGCCGGCAUGGCUAUCAAACAUUGAGGUCAAAGGUCAGAGUUGAAUGGAGAGCAUUCAAACCUCAUGAUAAAGGUGGUGGCACCAGGUUCCUCUGAAUCAUGUCAUGUGGUGUUUGUACUCCUCACAUAGUUGGCUGCCCUCAUUACACUCCUGUCUACACAGCAGCACCCAAUAUCACCAGUAGAUGUGAGAAUGCCCAGUGAGAUAACCAGUAUGUGUGAAUGUGCAUUUACACUGCCCACCAGGACCAGGAGUGUGUCUUUGUUUGUUGGUGUCACGUUUCAGCUCCUCCCAGCUCCUUCUCUAUAAAACACCAGCGGUCAGAGCAGCUCAGUGGGGUUUGUUGACUUCCACCCGAGGGGACUUCACUGUCAGCCCGGGAAAGACCACUGCGCCGCCUCCAUCACCGCUGGUCUCUGCAAACUGCCCCAAGUAACAAACAAACAUGGCUCCUUUUGAGAAAUCUAUGGAGAUGAUGCCCUUCAAGCAAAGGAAAUGCCUUGAGACAAGAAAAGAUGAAGUAUGCAGCAUUCGGACAAAAUUCCCCAACAAAUUGCCUGUCAUUGUUGAACGUUACCUCCGUGAAAAGACUCUCCCCCUGUUGGACAAAACUAAAUUCCUGGUUCCCUUCGAACUCACCUUGGGUCAGUUCCUCUGCCUGCUCAGGAAUAAGAUUGCCCUGGACUCAACCCAGGCUCUGUUCCUCCUAGUGGCAGAGAAGAGCAUGUCCUGCAUGUCCUCCAGUAUGGGGGAGGUUUAUUCCCGCUACAGUGACACUGACGGCUUCCUCUACAUCACCUACGCCUCGCAAGAGAUGUUCGGAGCACCUCAAACAGCAACCAGACCGCCCUGCUGAACCUGAAGCACAUACAAUUAACUGAACCGAUAGUGGAGACACCACAUAACCAAACUGGAGGAAAAAAGAGCCAAGCAGAGACUGUUUUUGUCCAGUUCUUUUAAGCCCUGAAAUGCAGCCUACCUCAUGAAACUUUCUGGACAUUCAAAUGCAGCAAAUCACUCUUUUCUUCAUGCUCUGCCACCUGGACAAGACUCACCCUGAUGAUGAUGUCUUUGUUUUAGACAGAGUGGUUGUUAGAUUCAAUACAGAUGCAAUAGUUCUCCAAAAUGUUAAAGAAAAUGGGAUGAUUUUCUUGGUCUGUUCUAUGUCUUUGCUGGUCAAACAUGUUCAUAUCUUCAGAUACAUUGCUGGAAUUCCAGUUUAGUGUAAAACCACCACCUUCUCCACUCUACACAAACAGGGUCAAUGUCUUGCAUGUAAUCAGACUCCUUUUUUUAGCACUUAUCUCCCCCUGUCGCCUCUCCUUUCUUUGAUUGCCACUUCAUCCUCGUCCUUUCCUUAAAAAUGUGAAACUAUGCUCUGGACUCUUGAGGCCCUCAUUGAAAACCUGGAUGUCACUUGAAUGCUGAAUGAUUAGUUCUGUAUCCAGCUGUCAGUAGAGCAAAAAAUAAAUCAAUAUCAUUUUAA